AGAUGUCUACGGUUUUUUCCUAAGAUGAAACUUAAUUCUCUACCCUUGUUUAUGUUACGGAAUUUGCAGAGGCUAGAUGUUAGUGUUAAUUUUUCAAUAAAUGAACCCCUUAAUAUUUGGGGAUUGCCCCAACUGAAGAAUCUCACUCUUCGAGGAACCAUUUCAUUGGUUCCUCCAAGAUCAGUUCAUCAUAAUUUGGAGAGCAUUAGACUUUUGGAUUAUAGGAGUUGUACAGACGAGCUGUUUAUGAGAAUCCCAAAUCUAAAGACAUUGGGAGUUGAUGAAGGUCGUAAAAUUAAUCUGAAAUGCAAAGCAUUCAGUUGGUUCGAAAAUCUUGCCUAUUUAUAUAAACUGGAAGAUCUACAUGUUUGUGAGAAACUUCUUCAUCCGGAGUUUAGUACUAUUCAUUCUAUGGGGACUUGGAGUGUAGAAAUUUUUUUGCCAAAUCUUAAGAAAUUGAAACUCUUCAAUACAAAAUUAAAUUGGAAGAAUAUGUAUGUUGUUGGGAUGUUGCCGAAGCUUGAGGUCCUCAUCUUGAGGAGUGCUGGUGUUGGCAGAAAAUGGAAACCCAAAGAUGGAGGAUUUCUUGGAUUAAAGUUCUUAUGCAUAGAGAGUUGUGAUCUACAAAUUUGGAAAGCCACGGGUGGCCAUUUUCCUAUCCUUGAAUGUCUGGUCAUGUGCAUGGAUUAUUUUGAAAAGAUUCCUAGUGGCUUUGCAGAUAUAGCUACUCUCAAAUCGAUCAAGUUACAUGAAUGUUCAAAGUCAGCUAUAUCUUCUGCCAAGUGUAUUCAAGAAGAGCAAAGAGAGUACGGAAACAACGCGUUUACUGUUGAUAUUCUACGAUGAUGGUGUUUUACUUUCCAGGUAUGAUGACUUCGUUGAUUAUUUUUGGUAUUAAAGUUGUUGCAUGUUCCAGUAAAGAUGAUUUUCCGUUGGUUGAGAAUUGAAUGCAUAGAACUAAGUUGGUGCAUAUAUGAUAUGAUGUUAGAAGAGAUUCCUUUGCUUGCCUGUUCAUAAGCUCCAUGAAGAUCAGA